AUGGCUGUCGGAACAGUUCUCGUCACGGGUGGCACGGGCUACAUCGGCUCUUUUACCACCCUCGCCCUCCUCGAGCACGGCUACCAUGUCGUCAUUGUCGACAGCCUCUACAACUCGUCAAAGGUCGCCAUCGACCGCAUCGAGCGCCUCUGCGGCCGUCGUCCCGACUUCUACCAGGUCGACGUGACCGAUGAAAAGGCCCUCGACGGCGUCUUUGCCAAGCACCCGGCCAUCGACAGCGUCAUUCACUUUGCCGCCCUCAAGGCCGUCGGCGAGUCGGGCGACAUCCCCCUCGAGUACUAUCGUGUCAACGUUGGCGGCAGCAUCGCCCUCCUGCGCUCCAUGGAGCGCAACAACGUCUCCAACAUCGUCUUCUCCUCGUCUGCGACCGUCUACGGCGACGCGACCCGCUUCGAGAACAUGAUUCCCAUCCCUGAGCACUGCCCCAUCGGCCCCACAAACACCUACGGCCACACAAAGUCCAUGAUCGAGCAGGUCGUCACCGACUUUGUCAAGGCCCAGCGCAACAAUCUGCAAAAGGCCGGCAAGCCCUUUGACCAGUGGAACGGCGCCCUGCUGCGCUACUUCAACCCCUGCGGCGCCCACCCGAGCGGCAUCAUGGGCGAGGAUCCCCAGGGCGUCCCCUACAACCUGCUGCCCCUGCUCGGCAAGGUGGCCACCGGCGACCGCGAUAAGCUCCUGGUCUUUGGCGACGACUACGCGUCCGACGACGGAACCGCCAUCCGAGACUACAUCCACGUUGUCGAUCUGGCCCAGGGCCACCUCGUCGCCCUCAACUACCUGCGCAACAACAAGCCCGGCGUCAAGGCCUGGAACCUCGGCUCGGGGCGCGGCAGCACCGUCUUCCAGAUGAUCAAGGCGUUCAGCGCCGUCGUCGGCCGCGACCUGAAAUACGAGGUUGUUCCCCGCAGGCAAGGCGAUGUCCUGAACCUGACGGCCAACCCGACGCUGGCAAACAAGGAGCUCGGGUGGAAGACGGAAAUUCCGAUGGAAAAAGCAUGCGAGGACCUGUGGCGAUGGGUCAAGAAUAACCCCCAGGGCUAUCGACAAGAGCCCCCGGCAGAGCUGUUGGCGGCGAUCAAGACCCCAAAGGCCUAG